AUGGAAGAGAAUGCAUACUUGGACGGUGCUGGUGACCGAGAGACCGGUGACCAAGAGACCAGUGAUCAGGCUUACGACACUGGCGGUUAUUCUUCUACAAGCGACGGCGGCUCAGAAAGAGCGCAUUACGGCCAAGUGGAGGAACGAUGGGGCCCUCCGCGAGACAAGGACUCUCAUUGGGAGCAGGACAGCAGCGAGCAGGAGCUGAUGGGCAACAAGGCGCUCUCGGAGUACUCGGAGGAAACACAGCGGCUCUUCACGCACUUGCAAGAGGUGUUCCAAUUCCAGAAGGACAACUGUAAAAACAUCUACGAUUACUUUGUGGCGUUGGUGCAGUCGCGGCGGCGGGGCAAGCGCAACAACUUCGAGCGCGCGGUGGACACGUUGUACGCGGACUAUGUGUUUGGACCGAACAGCAACUUCCACAAAUGGUACCAAUUUGUGUAUGGAGAGGACGAGAUGCCACACUGGGCGUACGGCACGCUUGACGACCGCAUUACGCAGGUCGCGCUAUACUUGCUAAUAUGGGGCGAGGCGAACAACGUUCGCUUCAUGCCCGAGCUUCUCUGCUACAUCUUUUCGAUCAUGUGCAACCACUACUAUGGGAACAUGCUGCACGACGCGAAGACAGUGGGGCCGUUUUUGGACCACGCCAUCACUCCGAUAUACGACUACUACUACGCACAGCUGACAUCGGGCAAAGACCAUUCGAGUGUGGUGGGAUAUGACGAUAUCAACCAGUGUUUUUGGAACAGGACAUUCAUCUAUACGUUGCCAGUAAAGGGGGUGGGGCCUUUGAAGAUGAUCCCCACGGAUGAGCACUACGUGUUUUUCAAUAGGAUUGUCUGGAACCAGUGCCUUGUUAAGACGUAUUACGAGCGCCGAACCUGGUUUCAUGUCGUUACCAACUUUCACAGGGUUCUUGUGUUGCACUUGUCGGUGUAUUGGUACUACUUAGCUUUCAAUGUGCAGCCCCUCUACACAAAGGAUUAUUCUAUCGUCGAAGAUAACACGCCCCCAAUAUACGUUGUGUUGUUAGUUAUGUCAUUUGCUGGAGGCCUAGCAUCUAGUAUUACGCUUGGAGCCUUAAUUGGGGAGGCGAUAUUUGUUCCUCGGCGAUCUCCUGUCGCAACACCUAUGGUAACACGCUUCCUAGUGACGACUAUGUCGGUAAUCGCUAAUACGGUCCCAGCGGUUGUACUUCUCUAUCUUGACUUGGACUUUAUGGGAACUCCACUGGGUCUACUGGUAGCGACGGCGAUUCUAGGCUUUUCUUUAAUCACUGUCGUCUAUUAUACUCUACAACCGUUGAAACACUUGUACACUAGGGCAGCAAGUGACCCGUUUACGUCGAAUAUCCACAAUUUAUCAAGACACUCACAGACUGCAUCGGUGGGUCUUUGGUCUUUAAUAUUCAUUUCAAAAUUUGUCGAAUCAUACUUCUUUUUGACGUUGUCUGUGAAGGAUCCCAUUAGGGAAUUAUUUAUGCUCCGCAUAGAUAAUUGCAAUGAAGAUGCCUGGUUAGGGAAGUGGAUCUGUGAAAACCACGGGAAGAUUUUAACAUGUUUACUUAUCAUUACUCACUGUGUUCUAUUCUUCUUGGAUACCUAUCUCUGGUAUGUCCUCUAUACCACCGUGUUUUCUAUGUGCAGGUCUCUUCAUCUUGGAGUGUCAGCAUGUGUUCCUUGGAAAAAUGUUUUCUUCGAGUUACCGCUAAAGUUUUGUGAGAGGUUGCUAUUGAAGAAAGGUGACGUGUAUGAUGGUCUGUCUUUCGCUACAAUGUGGAACGAAAUCAUCUUUUCUAUGUAUAGAGAGCAUAUUCUUUCCUUUGAACAUAUAAAAAAGUUAAGAUGUGAACUUGAUGAUAACGGUGAAUUGCGAGGGCCUCCUAUUUUUAUGAAAAGAAAAUCGAAAGCUAUCAAGGCUACCGUAUUCAAGAAAUCAGCGGAAGCCCGAAGACGACUCGGUUUUUUUUCUAAAUCGCUAUCUUGUCCCAUGCCGGAACCAUACCCAACAUCGGAGAUGCCGAUGUUUAGCGUCCUAAUUCCACAUUUCAAAGAAAAAAUAAUCUUGAGUAUUAAAGACAUUGUCAAAGGUGAAAAUGAUAGUACACAUGUCAUUCUAUUGGAAUAUUUAAAGCUCUUGUACGCAGAUGACUGGAAAACAUUUAUUCAAGAGACUGGAUCUCUAUACAAUGAUGAUGAUGAAAAGGCAUCGAAUAGAGCAAAUGCAUUGAGUGAUCAUGAGUCAUGUGCGACUCGCGCGCUAUUUAGCCUACCAUACUCAUUUGCGGGCUUCAAGACAGAUACCCCCGAAUAUACCCUAAGGACAAGGAUAUGGGCUAGUUUGAGAACACAAACUUUAUACAGGACCAUAUCAGGCUUUAUGAAGUAUAAAGGUGCUAUUUCGCUUUUGCACAAAUAUGAGACAGAUUGUACAACCGAAGAGGCUACCGAAAUGGCUUUGUCUAAAUUCAGAAUUGUUUGCUCUAUGCAACGGAUGGCGAAGUUUACUGAAGAAGAAUUAGAGGACCGUGAUUACUUGAUGUCUUUAUUUCCCAACCUACAAAUUGCCUAUGUGGACGAAGACUACGAUCCCGCUACCGGCAAAAAGGUUUACUAUAGCAGCUUAAUUGAUGGCUAUUGCGAUACUACAGAGGAUGGAAAGUGGAAACCAAGGUACAAAAUACGACUUUCAGGAAAUCCAGUGAUUGGGGACGGAAAAUCGGAUAACCAAAAUCAUGCCAUCAUUUUUACGAGAGGCGAAUACAUACAAUUGAUCGAUGCAAACCAGGACAACUACUUAGAAGAGUGCUUGAAAAUUAAAAGUGUAUUGAGUGAAUUUGAAAAUGACGUACCGGAUAAGACAGAUAUCAGAGGAGUUCUCAAUCCGGUUGCAAUUGUUGGUUCCCGUGAACAUGUGUUCUCUGAAAAAACCGGUGUAUUGGGAGAUCUCGCGGCUGGAAAGGAGCAAGUAUUCGGAACAUUCUUUGCACGUACCCUUUCGUAUAUUGGUGCAAAGUUACACUAUGGCCAUCCUGAUUUUGUUAAUGCUAUAUUUGUCACUACCAGAGGUGGUGUAUCGAAAGCUCAAAAGGGCUUACACUUAAGCGAAGACCUUUUUGUUGGGAUGAGUUCCAUAUUACGUGGGGGUAGGAUUAAGCAUUGCGAGUACACUCAAUGCGGGAAAGGCCGUGAUUUAGGAUUUGGGUCCAUUUUGAACUUCGCUACUAAGAUUAGUGCGGGUAUGGGGGAGCAAAUACUCUCAAGGGAAUACUUUUACUUGUGUUCAAAUCUCCCACUCGACCGUUUUCUAAGUUUCUACUAUGCACAUCCGGGAUACUACUUGAAUAAUGUUUCCAUUAUCCUUUCUAUCACUUUAUUUAUGAUUUUAAUUCUGAGUAUUGCUGUACUUGUCGAUACUAGCGAGAUAUGUGAUGAUCAUAUGACCCACCAAGAACUGCAAGAGUUAAAUUGUGCCAAUAUAAAACCUGUGAUUCGAUGGUUACGCCGUUCUGUAUUGAGCAUUUUCGUUGUCUCUACUGCUUCAUCUUUUCCAAUGUUUGCAGAGGAUAUAAGUGAGAAAAGCAUAAGCACUGGCGUUCGCAGGAUACUGAAACAUUUGAUAACAGGCGCCCCAAUGUUCGAGAUAUUUGUUUGUAAAGUAUACUCUGGCUCCCUUAUUAAUGAUUUGUACGCCGGAGGAGCAAGAUAUAUCGCUACUGGCAGGGGAUUGGCGGUCAUCAGAGUCCCAUAUGCAAAUCUUUAUUCAAAGUUUGCUCCUGAAAGCUUCUACUUCUCGUUCUGCUGUUUACUAGUCCUUUUAUUUGCUACUACAACAAUGUGGGACCCGGUGUUAAUAUACUUUUGGUUUACCAUAUCAUCAUUAUUAUUGUCGCCGUUCAUUUUUAAUCCGAACCAAUUCUCUUGGAAUGAUUUCAUCGUGGAUUACAAAAAUUACUGGAGGUGGUUAAGUAGUAGCCGGAUUGGUGCAAAUAUUGAUUCGUGGAUUUCAUACACGCGUAAUUCACAUUUGAAAAGCACGAGCUCACAGAAUGCAAUAAUGGGCACUCCAAAGGUGAAGGAAAUUAUGAGCGUCUGCUCUAGGACUCUUUGGACACUAAUGAUAUUUAUCCCCUAUAUUUUCAUCAAUUCCAGGAGCACUGUACCAUUCAGUACUAAUACUAUUCGGUACGUCGUCAUGCGAAUUGUUGUGUUAUCUGCCAUGCCUAUAGUUUUGAAUGCGAUAUGGCUAAUCAUUCUAAGCAUGGUAUCAAUAUUAUGCAGCUUAACAUUGAGGAAAGCGGCGCCCGGAUAUCCGAAGGUAAUUUGCUCUAUUGCCCAUGGUUUAGGAAUUUUAUCCCAUCUGGCAUCGUUCGGAUUAUUAUGUGUUCUAUACAGGUGGAAUUUGAGAUUCAUUAUCAUGAGUCUCCUUGUGGUUACGCUAUUAGAGUCCCUAUUUUUGAGAAUUAUAGGGUUACUGGACUUUACCUACAAUAAAUACGCUGAGAAAUCGAAUUUUGCUUGGUGGUCCGGUCUAUGGCUCAAUGAGAAGUUUUCCUGGCGAUACGCGCUAGAACCUCUCUGCGAGUAUGUCAGAAAGGUAAUGGAGCUCAGUUGGUUUUGUUCGGACUUUGUGCUUGGACAUCUACUCUUAUUUUUCCAAAUUCCUAUUCUACUAGUGCCCAAUAUAAACAAGAUUCACUCAUUCAUGCUAUUUUGGAAGAAAGCUGGGUUCCAGAUUCGGCCGUUACUAUUUUCGAGAAAAAUCAAAAGAAAGAGACAAAGAAUCACUAGGCUAUACUCCUGCAUCUUUAUCAUUAUGCUGUUUUUCUUUAUUGCUCUGCUUUUGAGCCCGCUACUUCUGGAUAGGGUGUUCCACUUGCGGUUUGACCAUACAGUUCCAUCCAGAAUACGUAUACUAUUUCACUCCGACAUCAGGACCUCAAAUAAUAAUCCAACUUAA